AUGGAGAGAAAUCUAUUUGGUAUCCAAUGUAAAUAUCGAUAUGAACAACAAUUAGUUCGUCACAAAGAAAAGUAUCGCCGUGGUCUUUAUAGUUCAUUUUCGUCAGUGCAUCAACAACAAUUUGAUUCAUUGAAACCUGAUAGUCAAGAAAAGAAUUUAAAUUUAAUAAAUGUGCAAGAAGGUGAAAUAUUGAUUGAAGAUGAUGAUGCUGUUAUUGAUGAAGUAUUAACAAACUAUUUUUUUAUUUAUAUUCGUACAGAGAAUUUUUAUCGAACUAAAUCCUCGAAAAAUCGUUUAAGUUUAAUAUUAUCAACAGAUGGUAAACCAUUAACUAUAUCAACUAAUUCCUCUAUUUGGCCUGUGGUGGCUGUUCUAGCCGAAAUACCUCAUCCUGUGAGAGAAUAUGAUAAAAAUAUGAUGUUGUUUGGUUUAUGGCAUUCGACGAUUACACCAGAUCCUGAUCGUUUAUUAUCAUGUAUUGUUCAUAAUCUUAUGGUUUUACAAAGUGGUGGUUUAUUAAUUGCCAUUGAUGAUGAAGGUAAUUGA